AUGGCCGAGGAGCGCCUUCCGUCCCUCAAGGGACCAGGCAUGCCAAUGGCUCCAAAAGUAACCUUCAAACCAAAAGCCGUCGCUCGUCGUAAAAAGGACGAUACGACAACCAUCAAGCCUGAAGACAAUCGUGCGCCAGCACCAGAUAGUCCGCUUGGUAAACGUGCACAGAGGACCGGUGGACGGCGUGUUAAGCGGGAGGAAGUAUUGGUGGCGUCGGGGCCGUUUGCACAGGGACCUGCUGCACAAUCUGCGCCGUCGCGACGAACGGCAAGACCAACGGCGAGUAGUUCUGGCGGCGGUCAUGGUGGUGGAAGUGGUGGAAGUGGAAGUGGAGGCGGAUAUCAUGCAGCUUCAAAAGUCGCUCAAGCGAAUGCAACGGCGGAUACAGUGAUGGGCGAAGAAGAAGAGCAACUGGAUGGACAUCGUCGACAGUCGCUUGCAUCCCUUGGCACUUCGAAUGAUCCUUGGGCACCCGUCACGACUCCUUGUCUGUCACGCACUCAGGCAUUGCAUCAAGAACCCGUAUUGGCGACAGACAGCAAAGCCAGUGUGGAAGAAUACUCACAGAUACGAACGCUCUUUGAGGCAGACGACGUGGAUGGCCAGCACUUCUUCACCAUACAAAUGCCGCCUGUGCUACCUUUUUGGGUACCUGAUCCAGACGAGGUUGCCAAAUCCGAAUCCAUCAAGGAGGAACCCGGUCCAGAAGUCAUUGAAAUUGAUCAACGUGCUGCAGUAGAGACACAAACGACUCAAGCAGCGCCAGCAGACAAGCAACCCGUUAGAAAGCGGAAAAAGGCGAAACCAGUCGAUUGGCCGCCACCAGAGGGACAGAUUGGUCAAAUCAACCUUCAUCAAUCUGGCAUGGUCACGAUGGAUUAUGGUGGCAUUCGACUCACGCUUUCACCGGGUCAAGAUGUGGACUUCUUGCAGGAACUCGUGGCAAUUGAUGCAGAUGCAAAGAAACAGGCGUGGGUGCUGGGACGCGUGGAGCAGCGACUCGUUGCGACGCCUGAUUUGGACAGAUUGCUUUUCCACGGGCAAUAA